AUGACGGCCGAAACGAGAAGAAUUUCUUCAGCCAACUUUGAAGCUACCGAUGAGAACAUGGCUUCAGCUAAAGAGUCCGAGUCAAAGACCAAUUCAUUCAGUUAUGUGCUUGAAAUGAAACUCCCAAGAGAGUAUGCGGCGUUCGAAGAUAGAGAAAAUGAAGUUUCUUCAAGGACUUCACGAAGAGCCGUUAUGUGGCAGCUUGUAAUUGAUACUGCCAGGUACUAUUCUAUCCCAAAGGAGGAAGUGAGCCAGGAGGUGAUCAGAUGCCGUUUUCUCAUGAGCCAAGGUCCCCAAAUAUUUGAAGAGUGUUACUGUGAAUGGUGUAACGAAACACCAGAGACGAGAGAGCAAGACAAUGGACCUGUGAGAAAGAAGCUUGGCUGUAUUCGAUACUAUUUGAAGGAUACCCAGACUCCAUUUUACUUUUGA